ACCAGUAUUACGGUAAUAGCCUGUCGGCCAUUCACGAUGCUCUCUGGUUCGACUCGUAGCUGAUGCACCGGAAUUGCUUGUCACACGACCCAGCUGGCUGAGGAGGAGACGCGACAACGCGAUUGGAAUAUGGAGUGUAUACCGGCAACUGUGGAAGAGCUUGACAACAAAAAGGAUCCAGUGAUUGAAGAUCCUGAGCGCAAUGUGUACACCAGGUUCAUGAAGUCCCAUCGCUGUUAUGAUCUCGUACCCACCAGCUCCAAAUUGGUUGUUUUCGACACAUCCCUCCAGGUAAAGAAGGCAUUUUUUGCCCUUGUUUCCAAUGGGGUGAGGGCAGCUCCCCUAUGGGACAGUAACAAGCAGUGCUUUGUUGGCAUGCUAACCAUCACAGACUUCAUUAACAUCCUUCAUCGCUACUAUAAAUCCCCUCUGGUUCAGAUUUAUGAGUUGGAGGAGCACAAAAUAGAAACAUGGAGAGAAUUGUAUCUUCAAGACUCUUUUAAGCCCUUGGUUAGCAUAUCACCUAAUGCCAGCUUGUAUGACGCCGUAUCUUCGCUGCUCAAAAACAAGAUCCACAGACUGCCAGUAAUCGACCCCCUGACGGGAAACACUCUCUACAUCCUCACACACAAACGGAUCCUGAAGUUCUUGAAGCUCUUUAUAUCAGAGAUGCCUAAACCGACAUUCCUAGGUCAAACUUUGGAGGCGCUGAACAUCGGGACAUUCCGAAACAUAGCAGUGGUGCGCACAGAUACGCCCUUGUACACGGCGCUGGGUAUUUUUGUAGAGCAACGAGUGUCUGCGCUCCCCGUGGUGGACGACAAAGGUCGAGUGGUGGACAUUUACUCCAAAUUUGAUGUCAUUAAUCUGGCAGCAGAGAAGACUUACAACAACCUUGACUUGACCGUGACCAAAGCCUUGCAGCACCGCUCUCAGUACUUUGAAGGCGUGCUGACCUGCAAUCGCCACGAGACGCUGGAGGCCAUCAUCAACAGACUGGUAGAGGCUGAGGUGCACAGGUUGGUAGUGGUGGAUGAGCGUGAUGUGGUCAAGGGUAUCGUCUCCCUCUCUGAUAUCCUCCAGGCGCUCGUGCUGACCGAUAGAGAUGAGGGCACCGCAUGAGGCGAACACAGUUCACACGACGAGGGGUGAGGCCGGAGUAAAGGGAGGAAGAAGUGAUGUGAGGGAAUGUAGGGGGAGGGGUUGGGAGCUUUUGACAGCAAAAUGAAUGAAUCCCAUUUCUUCAUCCGUGCAAAAAUACAAGUUCACUAAGUUUUAUGAAGUGAGCAAUACGACAUUGCGGCAACACAGUUCCCGUCAAUCGUGCCAAAUUUGACGUCACAAAGCAGACAAGAUGCAAUAACAGUUACAGGAUGCUCGUUUUAAUAUUGAACAGUUGUCAGAUACCAGCUGAAGGAAAACAAAUUCUUGCAUUAGUAUGAUUUAGUUUCAUUUCAAAUUGUUUGUUGAUGUAGUUAGAUAUUUUAAUUGUUAUCUAGCUUGACUGACCCCCUUCCCCUACUUUUGCUAUAUAGGCAUCAUGUUUUCGAAUUGAAUUGUAUCAUCAGCUUAAAAUUGAGGUUUUAAGUAAGUUUUUAAAGUUAAUUAUGAACUAACAGGUUGAAGUUGCGAUGUGUAUGAUAGAAAAUGAACCUUCCGAUCUACCAGCUUCACCAACCGUGCAUUCAUAGACUCACGAAAGACAAUGAUGACAAAGUUUGGUAGCAUCGUGCAUCAGUUUUUAAAAGAUUUGAUAUUUGAAAGACUACUAUCUGUUUUGUUACACAUAUUAUAUUAAAAGGGAUUUGUAUUACCGUACUCUUCACAGCGCUGUGAAAUGGUUCUUUGUUUGGAAAGGGGUCCAAGACUUAAAUAGAAAUGGUCAAACAUGAUUUUUUUUGUCAUUUGAAACACUAUUUCUACGUUUCUGAAUUUAUUUAUGUUGCAUUAGAUUCAUGUAGAGCCAUACUCUUCCGUCUGGAUAAGCAAAGAAUCAGUCACACUUGUCAUGGAAAUGCAGUUUUUGUAUUGAACUGCUGGUAAAGAGCAAUAAAUGUUCUUUAAGAGUU